UGGUGAAGUUCAAAAAUAAAUAUUUCAAAAUGUUCCCCAAAACGUAUUUUGUGAGGAGAGAGUUAACUACGCUGUUGGGCGUAAGAGAACAAGCGAUCUUUGUUUCUUUUAUCGUUCGCCGCUGUCUCCGUUUCGCCUUCUUUCUCGUCGUUUCGUCUGCGUAAGUUUCAUAUGAGAAAAGUCGGCUCCACGCACAAAAUGUACGCAAUAGUGACGAGCGAGGAGAUUUACAUUGUAAGCCAUAAUAACGAAAUUUAAGUCAGCGAAGGCCAGCAAUUGAAACGAAACGACAGCUCAACAAUAGGCGGUAUUACGGUAAUGUUCGGGAAAAAGGCAGUACGACUGCAUGUAAGGUUAUAUUAUCUCAUUUUCAAGGUAAUUACAGUGUUGGUACUAGGAACUAGGCAUAGCAGUCGAGCUACAUUCCGUUCUAAGAAGCAAAAGUACAGAGAAUAGCAAGACUUGGUCAUUAGCCUUGACUUUUGCUGCGACGAGAAUGGUUCUUCGAUUUUUCCUAAUCCAACGUCCAACUUCAAUCAAUAGAACGAGUAAUUACGCAGAGCAAGACCUGGGACGUUGUCUCUGGUCGACAGGCUCGUUCAAUAGGGCUAGUGGUACAACAGUCAGUACAGCAAAAACAUAAACAAAGUAGGACGCUGAAUAGCUCGACUCUGUGUACCGAGGAAAACUAAAACUAAUAAGUUUCUUUUAUAGGAUUCACAGUAAAAUAGACACUAUAGUUGGAAUGUGCAGCCUUGAUAUACCUUCACAAAUGACAGCACUUUUGUUCAAAUGAAAGCUCAAUUACCCACGGAUUCAUAGCCAAUACUGUCAAGUACGAAGAUCAAAGGCGAUGGCAACAGCAGUAGCAGCUUGGCUACCGUUUGCAAGGGCAGCAGCUAUAGGUUGGGUUCCAGUUGCUACCAAUAACCUACCCCCCAUCCCGUUUAACCGACGUAAAACAAAAGACACACUCAUCACUCUCAAUAUUAGCGGGCGACGGUUUCAAACGUGGAAGAACACACUCGAAAAGUUCCCAGAUACAAUGUUAGGGAGCCAAGAGAAAGAAUUUUUCUACGACGACGAUAGAAAAGAAUAUUUCUUCGACCGAGACCCCGAGAUCUUUCGACAUAUUUUAAGUUUCUAUAGAACAGGAAAGAUGCACUUUCCGCGGACAGAAUGCAUCAGUUCUAUUGAUGACGAGCUGGCGUUCUUCGGUAUUUUGCCGGAGAUGAUAGCUGAUUGUUGCUAUGAGGACUACAGAGAUCGUAAAAGAGAAAACGAUGAACGAUUAGUUGACGAUGCUAGCGAUGCUCCUGGAGGACCUGCUCUUGGAAAGGCCCCGCCUCCCGCUUUAUCUCUUAGGAAGCGAAUGUGGCGAGCGUUUGAGAAUCCCCACACCAGCACCCCAGCGCUUGUGUUUUAUUAUGUGACCGGGUUUUUCAUUGCCGUUUCCGUGUUUGCUAACAUAGUCGAGACCGUGCCGUGCGGAGCGAUGCCGGGAACGCUUGAAGUCAAACAGUGUGGCGAAAGAUAUCAGCUGACGUUUUUUUGCUUGGACACGGCAUGUGUGAUGAUAUUUACAGUCGAAUACUUCAUGAGACUUUUUGCUUCACCAAACCGAUGUAAAUUCCUACGAUCCGUCAUGAGCAUUAUAGACGUUGUAGCGAUUCUACCUUACUACAUUGGUCUCAUCAUCACUGACAACGAGGAUGUAAGCGGGGCGUUCGUUACCCUCCGUGUGUUCCGGGUCUUCCGUAUAUUCAAGUUCUCGCGACAUUCACAAGGGCUUCGUAUCCUGGGCUAUACACUGAAAAGUUGUGCCAGUGAACUUGGGUUCCUCUUGUUUUCUCUUACCAUGGCAAUCAUUAUAUUCGCAACUGUUAUGUUUUAUGCGGAGAAGGGAAUGGAAGGCACUACAUUCACGAGCAUACCGGCAGCGUUCUGGUACACAAUAGUAACGAUGACCACGCUCGGAUACGGUGACAUGGUGCCAAAGACAAUCGCCGGCAAGAUAUUCGGCAGCGUGUGCUCAUUAAGCGGCGUGCUCGUGAUUGCGUUGCCAGUCCCUGUCAUCGUAAGUAACUUUGGACGGAUCUACAGCCAAAAUCAAAGACAAGACAAACGAAGAGCCCAAAAGAGAGCUCGCUUAGCUCGGAUACGAGCAGGGAAACCUACGAGUGCGAUGUCGUAUUGCCAGAAUAAAGGAGAUCACGACUUUGAGCAAGACCCCCCACCAGAUGUGAGCGAAGCCGAGACCUCCAGCUCCAACAACUUAAACGCAACAUUCGAGAAAAAUCAUUUUCAUCUUUUGCACUGCCUCGAACGAACAACGGACCAUGAGAUAACCGAAAACCAGAUGUGUAACUCCACAUCCGUGAUAGCCAUACGUGGUGGCGACAACGAAUCCGAAUCUCUCAUUUCCACUCACUCUGCUAAUCAGAACCAGUCAAAUAUUUACCACCAGCAGAUGUCGCUACAGAGAGGGCGACGCGAAACCACAAGCACGUGUUCAUUGCAACGUCAUAAUGACGUCAGCUCUAGAUCGUCUAGUGUUUCCCACACAAGUCAACAUGAUAACGCAUGCGAACUGGAUGACGAUUCAUUUUUAAGCAAGACAUUGUAGCAUUACUAAGAUAACCGUCUUCAUUUAAGCGUGUGUUGUUUACGCAGUUUUAUGGCAUAACGUGCAAUCAUAUACUUUAGCUGAUGUGUUUUUAAAGCGAGUUGGGCUAUUUUCAUCUGACGAAACCGGAUGAUUACUUUUUCUUAAUGUUUUUGUUUCGUAGUUUUAGAAGCGUGAAGUUUCAACGGCUAUUCUGUGUUACGAAAGGUAAUAAUAACCACUGUGUUAGAGACCUAUAUAGACCCGCUGGUAACCUUGAUGUCAUUGGUUCUGUGCUCGCUGUAAAGUGAAUCGGUUUACAAUGAUGUACUAUUGCGUUAUAAUUAACUUUCGAAAGAAAAUUAUUCCGGAAA